AUGGAAUUAUGGGAUAAAGACUAUAAAAAAGCUAUUGAAACGGGGAAAGAAAUUAAACAAAUUAUAAAAGAGAGUGAAAAAGGGAAAAAAAGAACUAAAAACAGAGCAAUUUUAAGGGGAAAAAUAACAGAAUUUAAUCAGAAUAUAAGAUUUUUGUUACACCAGUUAGAUAAUGAUUAUAUAAAAAAUGAUAAAAAUUAUAAUAAAAACGAAUAUAAGCGGAAAGUGUCCGCAUUGGAAAAAAUGAAAAAAGAAAUAUCUAAUUUAUAUGAGGAAUAUUCUUUAACUAAUGAUGAGAACACAUCGUUUAACAUAACUAUGGAUUUUCUUAACGAUUUUGACAAUGAUAACAACCCAUAUUUAAACAGUUUAAAUAAGGAAGAGUUAUUAUUGAAACAACAUAAUUUAAUGAAAUUGCAAGAUGAGCAACUAAACUUUCUUGAAGGAACAACACAUAAUCUAAAAAAUAUAAGCUAUAAUAUAAACAACGAAAUACAAGUACAUAAUGAAUUGUUAGAUGAUAUUGAUAGAGAUAUGGAUGAAACGAAUAAUUUAUUAAAUAGAAAUAGAAAUAUUUUUGAAAGGGUUACUAAUAAUACAAGUAACUACUUCUUGUAUAUAAUAAUUGCCAUAUUAACAACUACUCUUGUGCUUUUUAUAAUCAUACUUUAG